AUGUUCAUCGAUAAAAGUCAGUCAACUAGUAUUUGUGACAUUAAAUCUAUAAAAUCUGUGUUCAACUUAAACGAUAACAUAUAUACAGUAGAAAACAGUGAUACAAAUCAAUCUCCAGUUUUUUGGAAAUCACUUAACGGUUCAAACAGUGUUUCAAAAGAUAAUGAAUUGCAAUCGUUGAUCGAAAAAUGUGGAUUUAUUAUCACUAAACCAAUAUUUGGUAUACACUUCUCCCGAGUCUAUGAGUGCCAUAUGAAUGAAGUUCACUGCCGAGACCCGAACUAUACGUUUGACGGUAUUGACCACUGCAAAGGCAAUGCACUCUACUGUCAAAAUAUGACCAAAUUUAUCGACGUUGUCCUCAUCAUUGGAUAUGAUUCGGAGGCCGCUGUCCGACAGUCCUAUCAAGCGUUUCGCUAUCAGAGAAGCGGUGAUAGUAAUGGCAAUGAUCUGACAAUUAUCGACAAUAUCAAUGAUAUGCCUUUCGGGUGGCCAGUCAGAUGUCCACUAAAUGAUAGCAAACUUUUCUAUCUUCAAACAGGCGAAGUUGUGGAGGCUGUGAAUUACAAUCCCCUGAAAUAUGAAUUAAUAGUAUUGUUUAAAAGUGCCAAAAAAGACAAAAUUAUGUUGAGAUCCGCUAUGCUUAAGAUCGACCACUGGUUUUAUAAGGAUCGAUGGACUCUCUAUGAUCCCAAACCCGUAUACCAUACUAUUGGUUUGGUUCAAAUGAGGGCCAAUAUUUACGCUAUCGGUGCCGACGAUAACUUUCAAUUAUUUUACUACAAAAUAUUUGGUCUGCAAAAUCAUAGCCGCGAGUUCACAGCACAGAGUAUCAACUAUUAUGGACUGUUUAAGUGCACCGGUAGUGUCACGUUUACAGUAAAUCCUGACUACACUACGAUCACCACCACUAUUACUACCGGUGCCCAACCACUGCCUAAUUCGUCGUCCACCAGCCGUUUUCCAAACAACCAGUCGAUGACUACUCGUAUAACCUCUACAUCGUCGAUACCGAUCAAUAAUUUUUGGCACUUAAUAAUCAUACCGUUGUUUCUCAUUAUUACUGUUGUUGUCGUUUUGGUUAUAUCAUACAUAUGUUUUUAUCGGACAAAUAAAAAAGUCGACUCCACAACCAUAACCAAACCCGUGACACCGCAAAAUCGGGAGAUUAAAACUGUCCUCCAGAGAUAAUCAAUCAAAAUUAUUAAAAUGUUUAUAUUUAGACUGUACCAUUGC